GGUCCGGGAGCUGGAGAUUGCGCUUCGGGCCUCCGCUCCGGGAGCUUCACCCUCCGGGGAGCUGGCGGGAGGCGGAACCCUGGCAUGGCGCGCCAGGUGCAUAUCACCUUCAAGGACGUGGCUGUGCAGUUCUCCCAGGAUGAGUGGCGGCUCCUGGAGGAGGGACAGAGAGCCAUCUACCAGGACGUGAUGCAGGAGAACUACGCAGCGCUGGUUUCCCUGGGGACAGCUGAGCUGCUCCCACUCUCCGCCUUCCUGUCACCGACAGAGCCCGAAGGGACCAUGGGGCCCGGGAGCCAGGCUGACAAAAAACAGGAGCCUUGUGGCCAGGGAGACCCCCAGGGAGGGCCCCCGAAGCGCAGCCUGCCCCUCUCCGCCCUGGUGCAACUGGUGAAGGGGAUCCCUGAGUUCCUGCUCCGAGAGGCCCCCGAGGAUGAAGCGAGGGUGCGCCCAGCUGAAGCGGUCAGUGGACAGGGGUCUCCAGGGGAGGCAGGCGCAGGGGUCCCAGACAGUGAGCCCCCGAUGAUGCCCUCCUGCAGUCCCGUCAGGAGGAAGAGCCGCUGGAGCCAGGAGGGAGAGGCACCAGGGCCAGGGCUCUGUCCUGGGAGCAGCCCCUUGCAGGGCCUCAUCGACUGCUUGAGAGAAAUCCUUGUGCGGGGACCCCAGCCACCUGAAGCGCCCCCCAGCAGACUACACCCCCGCCCUGCCUCCAGUGGGAGCCUCCCUGGGCUGGAGCCAGCAUCAGGAGGGGCACCCCCAGAAGUGAAGACGGAAACAUCUCCGGGGGCCUGCACCCUCCAGAGCUGGGUGGCCCCUCUGAAAGAGGGUCUGGUGGCCUGCAGUGGCCACUCCUGCCCCUUAGGAGCAGGGCAGCCGCCACCCUGGGAGCGUCUAGGGACCCGGGAACAGGACUCUGGAGGACCUGAGCUCGUGCAGAACCCCCUCCCCAGGCCCUGGGCAUCCCACCCACCUGCUCUCGAGCCCUCUGCCCUCAGUCCAUGGUGCAAGACAAGCCGAGCCAGUCGGGCCUCAAGCUCCCCGCUGGAAGCCCUGGAGGCCUGUCUGAAGGGCAUUCCGCUGAGUGGGCCCUCACCCCCCCAGCCGCCCACUGCCUCUUGGUCCUGGAGCCUCCAGCAAGGACCCCAGGAGUCUCUGAGGCCUGAGCUGAGACACCAUGCACCGCACAACUCAGAAGUGAUCAUGGGGCUUCUUCCUCUGGGCCUGCAGGGUCUGAAAGACCACCCUGCCCACCUGCCAGGCCCCCAUGGCAGCCCCAGCAGCCCCUCCUCGAGCAGCAGCACCAGUGGGCACCUGGACUUGAGGGGUCCCGAGGGAAGCCGGUGGCGCCUCCCUGGACAAGGAAGCCCAGUGGGAAGCCUCCUGACCCAAAGCCUGGAAAGACACCCAGGAGGGAGCCCCCAGCCCCGGACACAGCCUGCCAGACCGCAGCCUUCAGACGCAGGGCCCGGGACCUGGACGCCGCCUGUAGGCGCUGCUACAGCCUCCCCACUGCACCGCCUGGAGAGCUCUCUGGAAGGGAUGUUACCUCUGCAGCCCCUGCGCUUCUCCUGCCUGACCGGCCCCAGCCUAGAGCCUGGCACUGGCCUCAGCCCCGGCCUCAGCCCCGGCCUCAGCAGCUCAGAAGGAGAGGACCAGCGACUGGAACUCGAGCCGAGACCCCUGCCUCUCCAGGGCCGUUUCUCCGGGUCCUCACGUCGGAAUGGCACCAGGUCCCAGAUGCAAACCUCUGCAGGUCCGGCCAUCCCGAAGCUGGAGGGGAAGCCCGAUUCUCAUCAACCCACCAGACCCACUGGUGGGCCCAGGGCCUGGGACUCCCGAUGGGACAACCCCCCUAUCCCGGGUGACAGGGGCACCUUGCCGGCAAACACUGGACCUAGAAAUGGUCCACAGGCCCUGAGCAGCCCCUCUAUCCCAGGUGACAGGGGCACCUGUCUGGCAACCUCUGGGCCCAGAAACGCUCUCCAGGGCCCACAGGCACUGAGCAGCUCCCUGCUACUUCCAGCCAGCUCUAAGGAAGGACACCUCACUGCGGCCCCUGCUGGCCUCCCCCAGCCGCAGUGCCCCUGUGGGGAUGUCCAGCAGGAGCUGCGUGGGCUCGCCGCUGCACUCUCAGGGAAGCUGGACUGGCUCGCUGCCUCCCUGGCCAGCCUUUCUCGGGAUGUGGCUGCCAUGAAGGACCAGGUGAGCCGCCUCAGGCGCCCACGUGCCCACAAACUAAAGAGCUGGGCUUCCUGGCCAAGGCCCGGCACCUUCCGAAGCCUACCCUACCGGAGGCCCCCAGGGCCCCCCAGGCCCAGGCCCAAGCUCCUGCGGGGCCCAGGCGAAGGUGGCUCUUCAGGGCCCCCCGUUGCAAAGAGGCCUCCAAGCGCUCCCCCAGCCUCAGCCAUACCUUCAGGGCCCACCUGCGGUUGCACAGCCAGGAGUGUGCAGCCCCCCGAGGGCCCUCACCUCUCUCCAGUGCCUGCCACCGCUUCCCCCCGGAGCACCCCACUCCCAGAGGCCAGUGCUGCCCCAACCACCAUCCUGACUCAUCUUGUGGACAUAGUGGGAGCCCAGGGUGGCAUGCCCAAGCGGACCUGGAGUGGUGGGUGCACAGACCUGCGCUGGGGGGCCCUGGGAGUACCCCCAACACCCCAGCCACCCUCUGGGGGGCUACCCCACCCCUCCGUCCCAGCACCCACAGGACCCCUGUCUUCGCCUUUCCGAAGCCCUCAGUGCUGACUGGACCCCAGGGUGGUGCAUGUUCAUGGGACGCAGUUGGGGCGUCCUCGGCCUCUGUCUUGGCUCAGGUUUGAUGACAUUUUGCUGACCUCUCCCUGCCCUUUCCCCUGGGCCUGCCCAAGUGAAAGGGGGUAUGGGUGUGCUGUGACUGUGUGUGGCGCACAUGUGUGAGGGUCUUUGCAUAUGAAAGUGUCAUGUAGAUGUGUGUGAACUGUUUGUAUAUGUGUGAAUAUACUGUGUUGUUUAAAUGUGAGGGUAUGUGCAUUUAUACCUGUGUAAAUGGGCAAAGAUGUGUGUAUGCAGUACUUGGGUGUAGGUGAGGGGUAGUGUUUACCUGUGUUGUGUGUACAUCCAUGUGAUGAUGUGUAUGCAGUACGCGUGUAGGAUGUGUGUACUAUGAGUUUGUGUGAUGUAUGUGUGUACCACAUGCAUGUGGGCUGCAUGCUUGUUUCCUGUGUUGUAUGGGUGUACAUAUUUUGUGUGCAGUGUGUUAUGCAAGGGGCUAUGAAGGUUGUCUGUACAUAUGCGUGUGUUGUGUGUGUAAGCAUGUGAGUAUAUGCAGCACAUACAUACAGGAGCGAUGGUGUGUGUACAGAUACCUGGGAGGUAUAAGUGAGGGGUGUGUGUGUGGGUGUGUGUGUGUCUGCACAUGCAAGGGGUGUGUAGAUGGGGGGGAAUGUACAUGUGUGUGUUUGGAUACAGUUGUGAAUGUAGUAUAUACAUGCUGGAGGAUGUGAGGGUUGGGUAUACAUAUGUGUGACUGCAGUACAUAAAUGCAGGGCAUGUAGGUGGGGGUUGUGUUUGCAUACGUGUAUGCAUGUGAUGGUGUGUGCUGUGCAUAUCUACAGGAGUGUGUAGAUGAGGGCUGUGUGUGUGAUGGUGUGUGCACAGUAUGUACAUUCAGGGAUGUAGGGGAGGGUUGUGGGUGUGUGCCUAUGAUAGUGUAUGCAGUAUUUGUAUGCAAGAGGUAUAGGUGAGAAUUGUGUGCGUGUUUGUGUGUGCGCAUGGGUGUGUGUUUGUGACUGUAUGUAGUACAUAGGUUCAGGGUGUAUGAAUGUGACAGUGUAUAUGCAGUGUAUCUAUAGGGGAGGGCUGUGUGUGCAUGUGUAUGACUGCAGUAUAUAUGUGGGCUGUGUGUGCAUGUGUGUAUGCAGUAUGUCUAUGUGCAGGGGUGUGGGUGAGUGCUGUGUGUGCAUAUACAUGUAUGUGCACAUUGCACAUAUUGGGUGGCUCUCUGUGGCCACCUCCUACCCGCUUCUGCUCCCAAAGGACUGUGGACUAGUGCCUCCCCUUGGGGAGGAAAUUCCCAUAGUCAGGUUGACUACAUGGUGGGAGAAGUCUGCCCUGGCUCUGUGCUGGGCCCACCCAUGUGGAUCCUCAGAUGAAAGGGAAAGAUCUAGCAGACCCAAUCCUGGGCUGGGAAGACUGUUCCAGUAGCCCUCCUUGGGAAAGCAUGGCUUCUCAGGGAGGACUGGUCACCCCUGUCCUCAUGGGAGGGGAAGGCCUGAGUCCGACAUGCCAGGGACCCACCUCCCUGGCCAGUGGGCGGUGCUGAGCCACCACUGCUGGAGGAGCCCCUGGCUCCUGUCCCUGCACCCUGAGAUCCCAGGCCCCUCACUGGAGUGAGCGUGCUGAGGGUCCAGGAGGGGAGACCCCGGUCAAGUUGCCCAGGCUGCUGUCAGGAGCAGAGGCCUGGCUGGCAGUGGUGCUCGUCCCAAAGACCAUGGGGCUGCUCACACCAAACAAGGCCAAGAGGCUGACACCAUGCCCAGAAGCUCCAUGUGGCCCUGCUUCUGUGUGGGACCUGGGGAGGACAGCCAGGGAGUUGACAGGUUCUUGAGGGUCUGCCCUGGAAACCCCCAAACUGCGCCUGCUGAGGAAGCAGGGGAGCCUGUUAGGGCCAGGACCCGCCCCUGCCACUGGCUGUCCACUUCACCUUCUAGCUUUCCUCCCCCCCACCCCCCCACCCAUGCUCAGCUGAGGACAGGCCCCUCCUGGGGUCCAUUUAGUUGGCUUUGCAUAUUCGCCAUGCACAGACCCUGCAGGGGCACUCGUGACCGGUUCCCACACUGCCCGGAGCCUCCCUGAUGGUUACGGAGAGCCACUGGAGUUCAGCCUCAAGUCUGUCCAGCCCCUCGUCCACAGGGCUAUUUUAUGAUGAGAAUCUGCCAUGGCUUUUGAGAUUGUGAGUAGCAGUGGACAACGGAGGCCCAAACUCAAACUCCCUUUGAGUUUCAGGGAGUCCUCAGAGUACCCUCUGAAGCCAGGGACCACCUGAAGCAAGUGAACACCCACACCAGCCCGCCAAGAUAGCUCGGGCUCCCACACCACCGCCGCCCCGGUGGAGGGAGGCACGUGCAGGCCCCGCUUCCGGUCUUCUUUGGCUUUGUGCUGGAGGCAGCGGUCAGCGUGCCCUCAUCCAGCCCCGCUAGACCCGCCUUGUUCCUGGAAUCCUUGAUCCAGGCCCCCAUCACACCCUCACAGGGUACACCACAGGUGUCAGCCCCACCUGUUCCGGCUUGUUCCGCCAUUCCUGCCGCCUUUUGAAUUGACCAUGUGUUUUUAAUCGUUCUUACCUCGACUAGCCUUGAAAUGGAAAGAACUAAAAUAAGAGACUUGAAAAUUUACAGUAGUAUUUGGGGCAUUUUUCUCAUGCUUUUCUUAGUUGUUGAGACAAACAAAACAGGAUGGCUGGAUAUGGGAGACUUUAAUAGGCCAGUUACCAAAAUGACCAGCUUGGUGGAAUACAGAACCCUGAACCAUGGGACUGCAGACAUAAUCGUUUUCAAACAUGCUCGAAUUUAGUAAACAUAGACCAUGCACAAUGUUUCAGAGCAAGUUAAAACAUUUUGAAAAUGUUGGGAUUAUAUAGACUGUACUCUGAUCAUUAUUAGCUUGUAAACUGGUAAAAAAUAUCUUAUAUACUGAGAACCACAAUUGUGCUACUAAGUAACUCGUUUCAGAAGAGAAAUAACAGUGGAUAUUAAAAAUAAAUAGAACUAAAGGAGUA